CAGUCACUGUUACAACAUUUUCAUCACCCCAGAAAGAAACCCAAUACCCAUUAGCAGUCACUCCCCAUUUUCCCCCAGACCUCUUCAUUUUGUUGUUUAUUUUUUAAAUAAAUUUAUUUAUUUAUGUAUUUUUGGCUGUGUUGGGUCUUCUUUGCUGCCCACGGGCUUUCUACUCUUCACUGUGGUGCAUGGGCUUCUCAUUGCGAUGGCUUCUCUUGUUGCGGAGCACGGGCUCUAGGCGUGCGGGCUUCAGUAGUUGCAGUACGCAGGCUUGGUAGUUGUGGCUCACAGGCUUGGUUGCUCCAUGGCAUGUGGGAUCUUCCCGGACCAGGGCUCGAACCUGUGUCCCCUGCACUGACAGACAGAUUCUUAACCACUGUGCCACCAGUGAAGUCCUUGUUGUUUAUUUUUAAUAGCUUUUCCCUUCAGCUUUUUUUUCCUUUUUUUCCAAUAAAUUUAUUCAUUUGUUUUUAUUUUUGGCUGUCUUGGGGUCUUCGUUGCUGCGCGUGGGCUUUCUCUAGUUGCAGCGAGCGGGAGCUACUCUUCGUUGCAGUACGCGGGCUUCUCAUUGCGGUGGUUUCUCUUGUGGAGCACGGGCUCCAGGCAGGCGGGCUUCAGUAGUUGCGGCAUGCGGGCUCAGUAGUUGUGGCUCGUGGGCUCUCUAGAGCGCAGGCUCAGUAGCUGUGGCGCACAGGCUUAGUUGCUCCGCGGCAUGUGGGAAUUUCCCGGACCAGGGCUUGAACCCGUGUCCCCUGCAUUGGCAGGCGGAUUCCACUGCGCCACCAGGGAAGCCCCCUUCAGCUUUUUAUCUAAGUCACAGAUGGGUUUUCUUCUUUGCAGUUCUGAUUUCCUUCUUCUCUUGAUUCAGUAAGUGGGUUGAGAGAGUGGAGUGAGUGGUAUACUUAGAAAGGUGUUUCAAUUUAUUAGGAAAUAUUUCAGAAUUAAAAAAAAUAAGGUAUGUAUUGGGUUCUUGCUAAAUAUUAGUCAUUGUGUUAGGUUGCUUGCCUUAAAAUGGUCCCAUGCAUUUCGGGUCAUACUCUACUCACAGCCUUCCAGUUUUACAGAAAAAAGUGCCUCAGAAAACUGAGGUUCAGGCAGGUUAAGUAACUUGUCCAUGUUCACACAGUGGUGGGAAGGCAGAGCCAGGGUUUAAACCUAGGGGGUUUUGUUUUGUUGUUUUAAUAUAUGUAAAAACUCUUUACUGAGUAUGUUCACUAAGCACAGAACAUCUUAAAAGCUCCCAAAUCUAGGACUUAUGGAGGUAGUUAAAUUGUAGGAUGCUGGCUAAUGAUGACACCAAGAGUCUAAAGACAUGUGUUUGUUAUUUUCCACUGGUACUUAUGUAAUUAAAUAAUGUGAUCUACUUGAGUACUUUUGAGCAGAGGCUACAGAUUUGUGCUUCUCUUUGUUGUAUCUAUGAACAGUUUUGUCUUUGGUUUCCCAGUGAUGAUCUCUGGAAAAAGUGAAGAUGUUCAACCAACACCUUGUAUGAGGGGUUAGUACUACUUCUGCCUCUGUGAAAAUGGAAAAUAAUCGCACCUCCCUAAAAGUGAAGUUGCAAAAAUACCCUUAUUGCUGCAGGUGCUCUCAGUAGGUAAUUUGGCAGGACUUGUUUAGUGUUAAAUACUCUAGCAAGGGGUACAUUUUAAAAGUUCUGCCUUUAUGAGGAUUACUUUAACAAUUAAUCAAUAGUUAAAAGCCCUGUUGAGUUAUUUUCUAGUUGAGGUGAAGGAUCCAGUGGGGUCAUGUGUCUUUUGUAACCUGGUUUGCCAUGACCAAAGAUAUGAAUUCUUGAUGGUGUGACUGUGAACGGAAGAACUCUUUCUGUUCAUCAUAAACAUUUCUUGAAUUUUAUUGCAAGGAAACUGAGGCCUUGGAGAGGUUAAAAUAUGUGACUAAGCUCACAACUAAUGGCAGAGGUAGGCUAGUGUCUAGGUCUCCUGAAUAUCAGUCUGUAAUACUUUGCAUUAAUAAACUAGUGUGUAUAAUUAUAAUUAAAAACCUUUCAAAGACUCUGCUUUAUCCUUUACUCCAUUUUAACCUGCAGACCCCAGAGGAGGCUGAAUUUAUAUGAUCAUAUCAUUACAUAAUUCUCUCCAAGGUCACAAAAACUAUGAAGGAACUUGUGAAAUUCCUGAAUCUAAAUACAGCCCAUUAGGUGGUCCCAAACCCUUUGAGUGCCCAAGUAUUCAAAUUACAUCCAUCUCUCCUAACUGUCAUCAAGAAAUUGAUACUCAUGAAGAUGACCUACACAUAAAUGACCCAGAAAGGGAAUAUUUGGAAAGGCCUUCUAGAGAUCAUCUCUAUCUUCCUCUUGAGCCAUCCUACCGGGAGUCUUCCCUUAGUCCUAGUCCUGCCAGCAGCAUCUCUUCUAGGAGCUGGUUCUCAGAUGCGUCUUCUUGUGAAUCUCUUUCACAUAUUUAUGAUGAUGUGGAUUCGGAGUUGAAUGAAGCUGCUGCCCGAUUUACUCUCGGAUCCCCUCUGACUUCUCCUGGUGGCUCCCCAGGAGGCUGCCCUGGAGAAGAGUCCUGGAAUCAACAGUAUGGACUUGGACACUCCUUGUCACCUAGGCAAUCUCCUUGCCACUCUCCUAGAUCUAGUGUCACUGAUGAGAAUUGGCUGAGCCCCAGGCCAGCCUCAGGACCCUCAUCAAGGCCUACUUCCCCUUGUGGGAAACGGCGGCACUCUAGUGCUGAGGUUUGUUAUGCUGGGUCCCUUUCACCUCAUCACUCACCUGUUCCUUCUCCUGGUCACUCCCCCAGGGGAAGUGUAACAGAAGAUACCUGGCUCAAUGCUUCUGUCCAGGGUGGAUCAGGCCUUGGCCCUGCACUUUUUCCAUUUCAGUACUGUGUAGAGACUGAUAUUCCUCUGAAAACAAGGAAGACUUCUGAAGAUCAAGCUACCGUACUACCAGGAAAAUUAGAGCUCUGUUCAGAUGACCAAGGGAAUCUUUCACCAUCCCGGGAAACUUCAAUAGAUGAUGGCCUUGGAUCUCAGUAUCCUUUAAAGAAAGAUUCAUCUGGUGACCAAUUUCUUUCAGUUCCUUCACCCUUUACCUGGAGCAAACCAAAGCCUGGUCACACCCCUAUAUUUCGCACGUCUUCAUUACCUCCACUAGACUGGCCUUUACCAACUCAUUUUGGACAAUAUGAACUGAAAAUAGAAGUGCAACCUAAAACUCAUCAUCGAGCCCAUUAUGAAACUGAAGGUAGCCGAGGAGCAGUGAAAGCAUCUACUGGGGGACAUCCUGUUGUGAAGCUCCUGGGCUAUAGUGAAAAGCCGAUAAAUCUACAGAUGUUUAUUGGAACAGCAGAUGAUCGAUAUUUACGGCCUCAUGCAUUUUACCAGGUGCAUCGGAUCACUGGGAAGACAGUUGCUACUGCAAGCCAAGAGAUAAUAAUUGCCAGCACAAAGGUUCUGGAAAUUCCACUUCUUCCUGAAAACAAUAUGUCAGCCAGUAUUGACUGUGCAGGUAUUUUGAAACUCCGCAAUUCAGAUAUAGAACUUCGAAAAGGAGAAACUGAUAUUGGCAGAAAGAAUACUAGAGUACGACUUGUGUUUCGUGUACACAUCCCACAGCCCAAUGGAAAAGUCCUUUCUCUGCAGACAGCUUCUAUACCUGUUGAAUGCUCCCAGCGGUCUGCUCAAGAACUUCCUCAUAUUGAGAAGUACAGUAUCAACAGUUGUUCUGUAAAUGGAGGUCAUGAAAUGAUUGUUACUGGAUCUAAUUUUCUUCCAGAAUCCAAAAUCAUCUUUCUUGAAAAAGGACAAGAUGGACGACCUCAGUGGGAAGUAGAAGGGAAAAUAAUCAAAGAAAAAUGUCAAGGGGCUCACAUUGUCCUUGAAGUUCCUCCAUAUCAUAACCCAGCAGUUACAGCUGCAGUGCAGGUGCACUUUUAUCUUUGCAAUGGCAAGAGGAAAAAAAGCCAGUCUCAACGUUUUACUUACACACCAGUUUUGAUGAAGCAAGAACACAGAGAAGAGAUUGAUUUGUCUUCAGUUCCAUCAUUGCCUCAUCCUGUCCAGACCCAGAGGCCUUCUUCAGAUACAGGACACCUACAUGACAGUGUACUGUCUGCACAGAGAAGCUUGGUUUGUCCCAUCCAGCUAACAUAUGCAUCCAUGGUAACCUCAACCCAUCUGCCACAGUUGCAGUGUAGGGAUGAGAGUGCUGGUAAAGAACAGCAUAUGAUACCUUCUUCAGUUGUGCACCAGCCUUUUCAAGUCGCACCAACACCUCCUGUAGGGUCUUCCUAUCAGCCUAUGCAAACUAAUGUCGUAUUCAAUGGACCAACUUGUCUUCCUGUUAAUGCUGCCUCUAGUCAAGAAUUUGAUCCAGUUUUGUUUCAGCAGGAUGCAGCUCUUCCUAAUUUAAUAAAUCUUGGCUGUCAACCACCAUCAUCCAUACCUUUUCAUUCUUCAAAUUCAGGCUCAACAGGACAUCUCUUAGCCCACACACCUCAUUCUGUGCAGACCUUGCCUCAUCUGCAGUCAAUGGGAUACUGUUGUUCAAACACAGGACAAAGAUCUCUUUCUUCUCCAGUGGCCGAUCAGGUUACAGGUCAGCCUUCCCCUCAGUUACAACCCAUUACGUAUGGUCCUGCACAUUCAGGGACUGCUACAACAGCUUCCCAAGCAACCUCUCAUCCCUUGGCCAGUUCACCACUUUCUGGGCCACCAUCUCCUCAGCUACAGCCUAUGCCUUACCAGUCUCCUAGCUCAGGAACUGCCUCAUCACAGUCUCUAGCCACCAGAAUGCAUUCUGGACAGCACUCAACUCAAGCACAAAGUACAGGCCAGGGAGGUCUUUCUGCACCUUCGUCCUUAUUAUGUCACAGUUUGUGCGAUCCAGCUUCAUUUCCACCUGAUGAGGCAACUGUGAACAUUAAACCUGAACCUGAAGAGCAGGAACCUAACUUUUCUACAAUUGGUCUUCAGGACAUCACUUUAGAUGAUGUGAACGAGGUAAUUGGGAGAGACAUGUCCCAGAUUUCUGUUUCCCAAGGAACAGGGGCGAGCAGGCAGGCUCCCCUCCCAGGUCCUGAUUCCCUGGAUUUAGGAAGAUCCGACGGGCUCUAACAGCGUUCACUGCAGCCUUGUGUCCACCAUCAUGUACUUCUCAGCAUGUUUCUCUCUUUGGACCUUGGGCUUCCAACUCUGCAACCUUCAGGAUGGAGCCAGGAGUUGGGAUCACCAUAUGUGGGGAAAGCAGCAUUCCUCCAACUCAGGCCUUGUGUAGAUUUUGUAAAAGAACAGGAGCAGCACAGGCUGUCUGAUCUUUGGGGAAAUGAGCUUUGCUUUUUAUAUUUAAAUAGGAUACUUUUAUAUGAUGGGUGCUUUGAGUGUGAAUGCAGCAGGCUCUCCAUUUCAGAGGUGCUGCUUUUGCAGGCGAUCUGGUUGCUUAGCUAGGAUUGGUGAUUUGUACUGCUUUAUUGUCAUUUGAAGGACUCUUUAGCUUUGAUGAUAUUUUUAAAGUAGAAACUUUUGAUAAAACCUUCCAGAGGCAAACAUUAAAAAAAAAUUAUUCCCCCAAGCCCACACCUAUGCCUCGGAAACUCAGCAUGUGUCCUGAAGCCUUUCAUAGAUUCAUAGGAAGUAAAGCCAAAUGUAGCUCAUACCUCUUUAUAAAAGUAAACUGUUAGAUAAAAUGACACCAUUCCAAUCAUUGAAGUGUUGGAAUAUAAAAUGACAUUCCAGAGCAUAGCAUUUUUGUAACUUUCUAGGUAAUCUUCCUGUAAUCUCUCCAUGCUGUCUCCAUGUUGAAAUUGCUUUUUUUCCUCAGGGCCUUGGGUAAGAUAACUACAUGUAAGGGAACUUUGAAAGGUGGGGUUUCUUAGCUUGGUAGCUUUAAUUUCCUGCCAUCCUACAUACAGGUAGACUGUGGAGUACUCUUCCCUUUUGUGUCCUCUGGUCCCAGACCUUUUCCAAGUGGAAGCAUCUGCAUUUGGCUGCCACAGUCUUGUGAUGAUUUGUUUAGGCAAAUUUGCUGCUUCUAGCUUCUCUAGAGGCCAGGCUGUGUCAGAAGCUAAGUACAAAUGAGCUAUGCUUCAAGACAGGAGCAGAGAACAUUCAGGAUUCCAGAUGGGACGCAUUUAAGAUUUACACUGGUAUGGAAGGCUUUUCCCUCAUUCUGUUUACAGCCUAAAAUGAUUCUGGCCUACCCUCCCAUCUGCAUGGCCUAAAAAACAGCCUUUUUCUAAAAGGCUUUGAGGCAAUUCCAAAACUGAGAUAGCAUUCUAAACCUGACCCUCCACACCAAAGAUGUCCUGGUGGUGCUGCUGGUAAGGCUGGUGCCCAAGGCGGGGCCAGCAAGAAACUCCAGCCUGCUGUCUACCAAAGGAGGUGCCCGACUUGGGUGCUCUUUUCACACCUUGCCCUUACCCCUCCCCUUAAUGGGAUUAGUUUCCUGUUCCAAGGCUUGGGCCUAUUUCAACACCCCUGAAGUUUGCAGUAUGUUUUCAAAUGAAAUGUACUUUUAUUCAGGAAGCAAAUUUUCUGAGUGCCUACAUGUGAGACAGUGUGCUGGGCUGGUCAAAGGCUUGAUGCUAUUAUUGCAGGGGAUUGUGGGUCCUAGAUGCCAGGACUGUCUACUGAGGCCAAGUGAGGCCUGGGUGGAGGGAGCCAGCUCAUUGCCUACCACCUCUAGUCAACCAGUUAGGAGCUAUUGACCCAGGAUGAGGAAGUAAGGUCCUUUUUUUUUUUUUUUUUUUCCUUUAAUCCAUGAUGUUUUAGAUAUCUCCCUAAAAUUAGUUAGAAAAAAAUGCUUGUACUUCAGCAAAUCACUCUAGUCCUUCUUGGAGCCUGGUGUUGUCACAUUUUCUUUGAAAGUGAGUUUUGUGUCACAGUGUGGAUAGUGAGAUUUGCUUCAGGGCCUGUGGUUGGAAGCCCAGAGUUUCCUUUGGAGGGUUUGCGGUGGCUGGCCGCCUUUAGAUGAAGUUCCAGAGAGUUGGCCAGACUUGCCUCCACCCUCUUGUCCCUGGUGUAGCUGCCUCACAUGGGGUUCUUGCAAGAGCUUCCCUUGCAAGACCCUUUGGGGGUUGCUCUGCUGCCCUCAAGAAUAAAAGCCUCUAUGAUACAGAGUUGCUAUGCACCAAAUUUUGAUGCCUUUUAAAUACCUUGAUGCCUGUAGCACUAGAAAUGCUCUUUCUUAUUUAAAAUAAAAAUUAAAUUUUAAAAUAGAGCUUUGUAUACUAUGUAAGCAGUUUUGUAUCAGCUUUGUAAAAGCUUUGGUGUAAAAGACAGUAUUUUUUGGUUUUGUAGAUAAAUACCUUAAUUUUUGUGCAACAUAGUGGUGUUACAGCACACAUCCAUUGGACUAUGCAAAUUGAUUUCUAGUAACAGCACUGAGCAACUGGGCAUGUGCUAGGACCCACCCCUUCCCCCUCCAACCCAUGCUAUAUCUUGGGUUGAGGAAUGGGAUGAGCAGCCUUCUGCUUACUGGAGAUGCACAGAGAAACGUGGCUGAAAACAGCUAGGAACAGAUGUUUUUGGGUUCAAGUGUGGUGCUGCUGCCCGGGGUGCAACCCACCCCUGCCCAGGGUUAGCCACUAUCACCAGAGCUCUGCUGAGUCUGGCUGUAAAGCCCUGUUUUUGAUAAUCAGAACAGAUGGUCAUCUGUAAGGUUCAGAUGGGUUCAAGUUGAAACCUUGUAUUUUAUAAAAUGGAUGAUGUUCAAUUAAGGAACUGAUUCUCAGUUAUGUUUACAGCACUUGACAUUGUGUUUUCUUGUACAUUUUGUAUUUUAAAACCUUUUAUAGGAGUACAGUGCUCCUUACACAAAUACAAAGGGAAGAAGAGCCAGCAAUUCAGGCUCCUCAGUUACAGUGCUGAAAUAAUAAACGGUGACAGGUCAACAGUCUCCUUGAAAUCUGCCUGAGUG